AUGACCCCAAAACAGGCAACUGCUUUGAGAAUCCAGGCAGUCUCAUCACAAAAUAGCCGAAGUGGUCCUAAAUGCCAGCAUAAAGAAGUAAGUGGCCCUGAGGAUACCCCUGAAAAGGGACAAAAACAGAAAACUGGAGUGAAAGUUGAAGAGUUUCCUAAGAAAACUCAGAGUAAAAAAGAGAAGAGAGAAAAGGAAGACACUAAGAAGGGUACAGACAAGGAAAAGGAAAUAGACAAAGGCCAACCAAAGGAACGAAAUGGUGAAAAAAAGGAGCAAAAGGAGGACAAGGACAAGAAGGAAGGUGAAGACAAAAAGGAGGAUAAGGACAAGGAUAAAAAGGAAGAUGACAAGAUAGAUAAAGAAAAGAACAGAGAUGAGGUCAAGAAGGAAGAUGAGGACACGAAGGGAAGUGAAGACAAGAAAGGGGACAAGGUCAUGAGAGGAGGUGAAGACACUAAGGAGAACAAGGACAUGAAGAGAGAUGAAACCAAGAGGAAGGAUGAGGGAAAGAAGGACAAGUACAAGAAAGAAGAAAACUACAAGGAGGAAGAUAAGAGUAUGAAGGAGGAUAAGGACAAAGAGGAGGGCAAGGACAAUAAGGAUAAGGACAAAAAGGAAAGCAAGAAUAUGAAUGAUAAGAGCGAAAGGGAGAGCAAGAACAAUGAGGAUAAAGACAAAAAGGAGGGCAACGACAAAAAAGAGGAUAAGGACAAAAUGGAGGGCAAGGACAAUAAGGAGGACGAGGAGAAGGACAAGAAGGGAGAUGAGAACAAGAAGGAAAACAAGGACAAAAAGGGAGAUGAGGACAAGAAGGGGGACAAAAAAGAAGACAAGGACAAGAAGGAGGAUAAAGGCAAAAAGGAGGCCAAGGACAAAAUGGAAGGAAAGGAUAAGAAGGAAAAUGAGGACAAAAGGGAGGGCAAGGACAAGAAGGAGAACAAGGGCAAGAAGGGAAACGAGGAUGAGGACAAGAAGGGAGAUGAGGUCAAGAAGGAUGACAAGAAUAAAGACAUGAACAAGAGGGGAGAUGAGGAUAAGAAGGAGGACAAGGACAAGAAGGAAGAUGAGAAUAAGGAGGACAAGAACAAGAAAGAAGAGGACAAAAAGGAGGACAAGGACAAGAAAGAAGAUGAGGAUAAGGAGGAAAAGGACAAGGAGGAAGAUGAGGUUGAGGAGGAUAAGGAGGAAGAUGAGGAUAAGGAGGACAAGGAGGAGGACAAAGACAAGCAGGAAGAUGAGGACAAGAAAGAAGGCAAGGAUGAGAACAAUAAAAACAUAGACAAGGAAGAUGAGGAGCAGAAAGCAGACAAGGACAAGGAGGGCAAUGACAAGAAAAGAAGUACUGUGGAAAAAAGGGGAAGAAAAGAUGACAAGAACGAUAAAGACCAGAAAGAGGAUUCUGGGAGCAAAGGCAAGUAA